AUGUUGAAGAAUGGCAACAGAGCAGGCCAAUACCAAGGGUGCUUUAGCAAGUCACAUUGGGGAGGCAGAAGGAUGGCUGACAAAUGGAACGUCUUCAUCAAACACGCUCCGAACCUUAGCAAGAGAGUGAUGGAGGUUCCAAACAGCCUCAGACCAUCUCUGGGAAUCAAAGUUUUGAAGCACACAGGGGGCCGAUACAAAUCCAAGCCUGGCGAGCCUUUGCACCGAAUACCGUUCCAACUUGCUAUGGCUGCUGAGACCUUUCUGCUGGAUCGAAUGUCUCUUGGGGAGGAGAUCGGGUAUGACUUUGUGGAGAGUGUGAUAAGGCAGCUCCUUGAAAUUUGGAACGACAAGAUUGAGGAGUUCAAAUCCCAAGUCAUUGAGGUGGUGGGGCCGGACGUGCUUGCAGAGCAGGAUAAAAAGAUCCAAGCCCAUGUCUCUGACGAUGAGGUUGCAGGGAUUGAGGAAGAGACCGCCAAUAGAAUCAAUGCUUUAGUAGAAGCUUUGACGCCAAUAGACAUCAGUCACAACUUUCAAGCUUUGAGGUUAGACACGAGCAGUAGCCUGAGAGCAGACGCAUGGGCCUUGACACAACUCAAGAAAUUUGGAGGUGGAAAGCUAAUCAUGCAUGCGUGGAUGAGCAGGGGCCUGGUCACUCCGGAAGAUAUGGCUUCUUGGCGAUUUGAAGGCAGUCGGCAGGCCUUGGAUGAGUGCAUGAAGGCAUGUAGAGGAUCUAUGCGGUACCUUUUUCAGUUAGAUGGCAUUGGCGAGGAUAACUACGAUGAAGAAGCCAAGCGAAUCACUGAUGCAAGAAAUACUACUUUGGUGGGUGAACAGGCUACUGGAUGGGCAAUCAUUGACCAAGAUCUUCCUGGCGCUGAGCCAAUCUUGCUUCCAGACUGGUGGAAUUUACCAAUUACCAGAACACUUUCAAUUUGGCAGAAGGAGAGUGAUGAUUGGCAGCAUAAAUUUCUGAAGCGCAGAAAUGAAGGGAAGACCGGACUUCCACCCAAGGCUCAAGAAAACUAUGACAAAUGGAACCAGUGCGACACGCGACGCCUGGUGCUGGACAAGAACCGGCAGUCCCAGGUCAUGAACUUCAGUUCCAAACACUUGCAGCAGCAGAAAGCAUCGUGCCUACUUUUGGAGAUUCGUGUGAGCGAGCAGGCAGAUCAGCUUCGCAUCAGAUCCGGAGGUGGCAAGUACUUCCAGCUGGUGCUCCUUACUGGCGUACACCCGCAAGCACAAGCAAGCAUUCCGGAAGAGUUGGAUGUUGUUUACUGUGCAGGAGCUGCGAUCGAAGACGCAGCACAUGAUCUGCAAGAUGAUGUGAUGAUGGAUGCUGCAGGUGCCCUAGAUGACAAUGAAGCUGUUGUGAACGACAGUGAUGAGCAGCAGGAAGAUUCAGUAGAGCUGGACAUUGAUGGGUGGGUCAUGAUGGACAGUGAUUUGGAAGACGAGGACUUUGAUGAAGCAGACCAAACCACUGGACUUCAACAAAAGACCCGGGUGCAAGCAGCAUACAUGCGACCAGAGUUUGUGGAUUUGCAGAAAGCUGGGCUCACAGACAGACCAGCAGGCGUUGCCUUGGCUUCCUUGCGUGUAUGGCAACAUGGAAGCCUGGUCAUGACCAUGACCUUUGGCACCGGAUAUCAGCUUGACAAGAACAAUCUCUUAGGCUCCGGUGGCUACGGAAAGGUCUACAAGUGUACUGACAUGCAGGGCCAAGAACGUGCCGUGAAGCAAGUCUUUACCGCAAACCCCGAGAUCCUUGAGACAGAGAUCGAGAUCCACAGGCACAUUGGCCAACAUCCCAACAUUGUGCAGCUCAUCGAUGUGUUCGACAACCAAGGGGAAGCUGGGAAGAUGAUCGUGAUGGAGUUGGCCCGUGGUGGUGAGCUCAGCGACUAUUUGGAGAAGACUGGGAAGAUGACGGAGGACAAGGCCAAGGGCAUUUUCAAACAAGUCCUCUCAGCGAUCCAGCACAUGCACUCCAAGAAUGUCCUGCACAGAGACCUGAAGACCGACAACAUUUUGCUGUGCACGGACUCCACCCACGACAUCAACCAUCCCGUGGUGAAGCUCAUUGACUUCGGUGCUGGGCACUGGUCCAAGACGGGACCUCUGCAGGCUAGCAAGUUCAUUGGUACCUUGCAAUACAUGGCCCCAGAGGUGAUCAUUGCCCGUGGGGAUGACUUCGAUGCCUCUGAUGCCUCCCAGGUGGAAUCUACCGUGGAGAUUGAGUUCAAGAAGCGGCCUUUUGGCAUCCGGAAGUAUAAGCCAGGCCCCAACAACAAGGGCGCACGCAUCAUCGAGGUGAUUCCACAGAGCAGGUAUCCUGGAGAUCCUUUGGGCCAAGCCCAUGUGGCCGGUGUGCAGAACGAAUGGGUCGUGAAAUCUGUGAAUGGUCGCGAUGUGAGCCAGAUGGACUAUGAGGACAUCCUUGAUUUGAUGGGCGACCGCUUGCUUGACAAUUCCUCUCGCGGAGCCUUCGAUGGAUCCUUCAAAGUCACUGGAGACAACAAAGGUCAGGGCAAGAUUUUGCCCAAAGUUGAGAUGGUGGACCUCCCCGUGCAAGUGCAGUAUGCCCAGAUGAAGCCUAAGCCGUAUGAUGGCAAGGCCGACGUAUGGAGUUUGGGAUGCGUUCUGUACAACAUGGUGGCGGGCACCCCACCCUUCCCUCCUGAGGAGGAUGAUGUCAUGGCCGGCAGAUAUCAACCCAUCCCGGGAGCAUCUCCACAGCUCAUGGAUUUGCUGAGCAAGAUGCUCGUGGUGAACCCUGCGGCGCGCAUCGACCUGAACUCCAUUGCCGCACACCCUUGGCUGGAGUAUCACCGGUGUCCACUUGGACAUGCUUUUACCACUGGACGUGCUUUUUCUCCCAAGGAUACCGACACCUUUCAGCACCUCUACUUGGGCGUUGGGGCGCUUGGGCUUUCGCUGAUCUUUCAUCCCAACUUGAAUGGCUUUCUGCCCUCGGACAUCGGAUGGGCCUUCGCUCUCUACUUGGAAUCGGUGGCGGUCCUUUGCCAACUCUACAUGUUCAUGAAAGAGGGCAGGGCGCAAGAGUUCACCUCCCACUUCCUCGCAGCGCAGGCCUUGGCCAAAGUGAUGUCCUUUGUUUUCUGGGCCUCCUCCUUCAGCGAGCUCUCAGACCCCAAUCACCACAUCAAGGCGGAGCGGUGUUUGCGCGGGUGGAAGACAGGCGGGUGUUGA